AGGAGGCUACCAGGUAGACCCGGGACCCCACUGUGCUAGGCUCUGCACACACACUGAGUAGCGGCAAUAGGUGAUUGCAGAGGGAUGGUGACUAAAAGGUGCUUUUCCCACAUGAGUGCAAGAAGAGUGGCCAGUUAAAAGAAGUGGAGGACAGCAUGAUCACCAUGAAACAAAGCUGCCUCCUUGCACUGCUGUUGGCAGGACUUGGAGUAUUAGGAAUGCUGGAGCCAACAACAAAAGACACUCAGUGCCACAGAGCUGAGCACCCAGUUAUUGAAUACCAAGAAAUUGCCCCUUGGUUACAUGUAUUCAGAGCAGAAAAUGCUGUGGACUUCUCACAGUUAACCUUUGACCCAGGACAGAAAGAGCUUAUUGCUGGAGCAAGAAACUACCUCUUCAGAUUGCAGCUUGAAGAUCUUUCUCUAAUACAGGCAGUGGAAUGGCAGUGUGAUGAAGCCACUAAAAGAGCCUGUUACAGUAAAGGGAAAUCAAAGGAGGAAUGCCAGAACUACAUUCGAGUGCUUCUUGUUGGAGGCAACCAUCUCUUCACCUGUGGAACUAAUGCAUUCACUCCUAUCUGCACCAAUCGGACGUUAAGUAAUUUGACAGAGAUACAUGAUCAAAUCAGUGGCAUGGCUAGGUGUCCUUACAGCCCUCAGCACAACUCCACUGCUCUUCUCACUUCCAGUGGAGAAUUAUAUGCUGCUACAGCCAUGGAUUUUCCAGGAAGGGAUCCUGCUAUUUAUCGCAGUCUGGGGGCUCUUCCUCCACUCCGCACUGCCCAGUACAACUCCAAGUGGCUGAAUGAACCAAAUUUUGUGUCAUCUUAUGACAUUGGGAACUUUACCUACUUCUUCUUCCGGGAGAAUGCAGUGGAACAUGACUGUGGGAAAACAGUCUUCUCUCGUGCUGCUCGAGUGUGCAAGAAUGAUAUUGGUGGCAAGUUCGUGCUGGAGGAUACUUGGACUACCUUCAUGAAAGCUCGGCUGAACUGCUCUCGCCCUGGAGAAAUUCCAUUUUACUAUAAUGAACUGCAGAGCACUUUCUUCCUGCCAGAACUGGACUUGAUCUAUGGGAUUUUUACCACUAAUGUGAACAGCAUAGCAGCCUCAGCAGUCUGUGUUUUCAACCUGAGUGCCAUAACUCAGGCCUUUAAUGGACCCUUCAAAUACCAGGAAAACUCUCGCUCGACUUGGCUUCCAUAUCCCAAUCCUAACCCUAAUUUUCAGUGUGGCACCAUGGACCAGGGCUUGUAUGUAAAUAUGACUGAGAGAAAUCUUCAAGAUGCUCAAAGAUUCUUCUUAAUGCAUGAGGUUGUUCAACCAGUUAUUCCAAUUCCUUACUUCAUGGAAGACAACAGCCGAUUUUCCCAUGUGGUUGUGGAUGUCGUGCAGGGCAAGGACAUGCUUUUCCAUAUCAUCUAUCUUGCCACAGACUAUGGCACUAUUAAAAAAGUACUUGCCCCCAUGAACCAGACUUCAAGCAGCUGCCUGCUCGAGGAAAUUGAACUCCUGCCGAAAAGUCAGCGAGAGCCCAUCAGAAGCCUUCAGAUCCUGCACAGUCAGAGUGUCCUUUUUGUGGGCCUUCAGGAACAUGUGAUUAAGGUCCCCUUGAAGAGAUGUCUCUUUUACAAAACGUACAGUGCAUGCAUUGGAUCUCAAGACCCUUAUUGUGGCUGGGACAUGGUGAUGAAGAAAUGCACAGUGCUGGAAGAAAGUCUGAGCAUGAGUCAAUGGGAGCAAAGCAUUACUGUGUGUCCAAUGAGGAAUCUAACUGUGGAUGGGCAUUUUGGAACAUGGUCGCAGUGGAAACCUUGUACCCACACUGAUGGUGCCAGCAUUGGCUCCUGCCUCUGCAGGACACGUGUGUGUGACAGUCCUGCUCCUCAGUGUGGAGGCUGGCUGUGUGAAGGACCAACCAUGGAGAUUGCCAAUUGUUCCAGAAAUGGAGGCUGGACACCGUGGACUUCUUGGUCACCUUGUAGUACCACUUGCGGAAUAGGCUUUCAAGUUCGUCAGCGUUCCUGCAGCAAUCCAACUCCUCGACAUGGGGGACGCGUCUGUGUGGGACAGAAUCGUGAGGAAAGGUACUGCAAUGAGCAUUUGUUGUGCCCCCCUCAUGUGUUUUGGACAGGCUGGGGUCCGUGGGAGCGCUGCACUGCUCAGUGUGGUGGAGGGAUCCAGGCACGACGUAGGACAUGUGAAAAUGGUCCUGACUGUCCUGGCUGCAGCGUGGAAUAUCAGCCUUGUAACACCAAUACCUGUCCAGAGUUAAAAAAGACAACUCCAUGGACACCUUGGACCCCAGUCAAUAUUUCAGACAAUGGUGGCCACUAUGAACAACGUUUCCGAUACACCUGCAAGGCACGUUUGCCUGACCCAAAUUUGUUAGAAGUGGGGAGGCAGAGGAUUGAAAUGCGUUAUUGUUCGAGUGAUGGCACCAGUGGAUGCUCAACAGAUGGAUUGUCAGGGGAUUUCUUGCGUUCUGGACGAUACUCUGCUCAUACUAUCAAUGGUGCCUGGUCACCCUGGUCUCCGUGGUCUCAGUGUAGUCGAGACUGCAGUAGGGGUAUACGGAACCGCAAAAGGGCCUGCAGCAAUCCAGAGCCCAAGUACGGGGGACUUCCUUGCCUCGGUCCAUCUGUAGAGUACCAGGAAUGCAACAUUUUGCCUUGUCCAGUGGAUGGAGGCUGGUCUUGUUGGUCAUCUUGGUCAAAGUGCUCAGCAACUUGUGGGGGAGGGCAUUACAUGAGAACUCGCUCCUGCACAAACCCAGCACCAGCUUAUGGAGGAGAUAUCUGUCUCGGACUGCACACUGAAGAAGCACUCUGCAACACACAGCCAUGUCCAGACAGCUGGUCCGAAUGGUCCGAAUGGUCCAACUGCGACUUGUCUGGCUUCCAGUUCCGCAUUCGCCAGUGCAUCGUUUUGUUUCCUGUGGGCAGCCAGUGCACAGGCAAUACCACAGAGAGCCGAGCCUGUGCUUUGGACUCCAACUCUAUACCAGAAAUAUCAGUGGCACGAUCCAGCAGCAUAGAAGAAAAAAGAUGUGGCGAGUUCAAUGUGUUUCACAUGAUGGCAGUAGGAUUAAGUAGCUCUAUACUUGGUUGCCUUCUUACCCUGCUUGUUUACACUUACUGCCAACGAUAUCAACAACAGUCCCAUGAUGCAACUGUCAUACACCCAGUGUCACCAGCUCCUCUAAAUACCAGCAUUACCAACCAUAUCAACAAACUGGACAAAUAUGAUUCUGUAGAAGCCAUCAAGGCAUUUAACAAAAACAAUCUGAUUCUGGAGGAGCGAAACAAAUACUUCAAUCCACAUCUUACUGCAAAGACUUAUUCCAAUACUUAUUUUACAGAUUUCAAUAAUUAUGAUGAGUACUAAUGGGCUUGUGUAUUUUCUGGCCUCCUGUAACUCCCCAGUCCCCAAGGCUUGUACUGCUUGACUGCUCAUGUGUUUGAGGCUUCAGAGAUGAAGUUCAGAGACAUUUCAAGCACGACUUAAGCCAUCAAUGUCCCAUUGCUGCCAAAAGCUCAAAAGUCCUGUUUGUGACUUGAUGUAUUCUUUGCAGAGUGCAAGGUUAGCCUUCAGUGUUGAAUGCAGCUACAGCCCUUUGGUGUUGCUGGACCACUCAUGAGGAUUGAAUCACUUCAGUUUCAUAAACUUCCAGUCAGACUUCUCUAAUGAGUGACUAAGUUAUUUCUGAGC